AUGAAAUUUAAGCAUUCGAGCAAUACUUGGUCAUUCCUGCUCAAACCCACUUCAGCACUAGACUCUUCUCGUGCACUGAAUGCGAGUUCGGACCUCCCGGUAGGGCGAAGACGAGCUCCGGCAAGCGGACUGGCCGGAGCGGACGGCUGCAGCCAAUCCACUGCGGUGUUUGUCAAAGUUUUUCGCUCUUUGUUGUUCGAAUCUCUUCGUGCAUCGUCCCUUUCAUUGUCCCGUUCUCGAAAAGCCGCUAUGCCUGCUCAACCUUCUCAGGACGACCCCCACAUCAACAAAUCAAUGGAAGAGUUACGACAGAUGCUGCAAGCACAGCAAGACAUGAAUCUUGAAGCUCGGCUGGCUGCAGAGCUGGAUAUCUCCUCCCGUCGUUCCAUCGAAGCCGAUGAGGUUCUUACCUUUCUAGAGACGCAAUUAACGUGUUCUCUCUGCAACAAGAUCUAUAUCCAACCUCACGUAAUCACUUGUUGUCACACUUUCUGUGCUCCUUGUUUGAAGCAGUUACUGCAGCUCAAGCAAGGGCAGGAGGAACCCCAGGGCCCAUACGAGACUUUUGAUUGCACCCCGUGUUGCCCGAGCAUCGGCUGCGGCAUUCUCAUCGAAUUCCCACCAAUCGCCGCCCUUCAGCUCCAGCAGAUGGCGGAAGAUCUCGCCCAUCGAAAAGGGCUUGAAAUCCCUGACCAUAUCGAGCUCAAGUGGCCUAAGCCGCAUCCCUGGAUGGAAGCGAAGGCGAUGGCUAGAUACUAUCAAGAUACUCGCCGUAUUUGA